CAAGAGUAACUUUUCCCACGGUAACGUCAGAAUGUACUCUAAUUAAGGUUAGUUGUUGUUUGGAAACGCUAGCGUCAUUAGCAGAAUUAUUCUCCGCAUAUACGUUGUAUUCAGCAUUUACUCACAGUACCUAUACUAAGACUGGAAAAAUAAAAGAUUCGCCUUAAAUUUUAUCGUUGUUCCAAAUAUUCAUUCAACUGAAAGGCGUUUUCCCACCAAACCAACGAUGUCUUUGCAAGAAUUACAACAGAGAUUAUUAGAAAAUCAGGAGAGCUAUGAUCAUUCAUCAAAUAAACUCUGUGAAAACAGUUUAAAGGAACUGUUGAAUUUCUUUCCCGAGAAGACAUGUGAAACAGACGUGAUGGAAACAUCACAAACGGAAUCAGUCCAUAGUAUGAGAGAACAAAAAGUAUAUUCAGAUGAACUGAAAGAUAUUCUGCCAUUUCUAAUGAAAUGCAACGGCGAUAUCAAUUACAGAGAUGAAAACGGUCAAACGAUUCUUCACGUUUACUUGGCAAGUGAUGCAAGUAAUUUCGCUAGACAAUGCAGGGAAGAAUCCAAAAAGGCAAGGUCCGUAGUUGUGGAGAAAUUGAGAGGCCUGAUAUAUAGAGGAGCUUCUGUGAAUGCUGUUGACCACAGUGGAAGAACUCCACUUCAUAUUAUCGGAGCGCUCAAAAACAAAUUGGCAUUAAUAGAACCGAUGGUGGAGUUUUUCAGCAAUACCUACGCUUGCGAUAACGAAGGCAACACAGUAUUGCACACUGUCGUCUAUGAUGAUUUAUCAUUGGUGAGGUAUGAAAAGAUAGCACUUGAAGUGAUAUAUCAGGAAUACCUGAACUGCGACGCCGAAAACGAUGCACUUUUGGCAGCUGUCCGAGGGCUUUUGUCGAAAGGUGUGGAUCCAAAUAGCAUGAAUAACGAUGGAAUGACGUCACUGCAAUACGCUGUUAGCUACUGCAAGGUCUCUUUGCUGCAGGCGUUCAAAGAGCACGGCGCGGAUUUCAGCGUGAUUACGAGUGACGGCAACAAUCUAUUGACACUCGUCGUAACCGACCAAGAGACCGUGAUUCCCGAAGCGAGAAUCGCAGAAACCAUCAAAUUUCUUGUGGAGCAAGGUUGUGAUAUCAAUUGGCGGAAUCCCGACGGAUACUCGCUGAUGCAUUUGGCCGCCAAGUGGAAAAUUAAACCACUAGUCUAUUGCCUUAUCCAACUUGGUGCCGACCUUAAUCUUCACACUAGGCACAGACACAUGACACCGCUGCAUAUGGCCAUUCUCCAUGUCGAACAGACACCGCCGAGGAGAUACAUGGACAAAUUUAAGUUGAUAAUCCAAGCACUCACGUUUGCCGGAGCAGACUGGUACGCGAGGGAUGACGAAGGCGAUACACCUUUGGAUUAUGCGAUUGCCAAAACCAUGAACUAUGUACAGUCGAGUAUCAUCGUAGAUAUUAACGAUCCUAGGGCAAAAAGGAUAUUUAAGGAACACGAUAUAGAUUCGUUCGUGAUCCUUCGCGCAAUUGAGCUGGAAUCUGUCGGAUUUCCGAUUGACAGUGAGUAUGAGGUGAAGCUGAAGGAGGAAACAAAAAUUAUGAAGAAACAUCGAGAAAAAUGCAUGAUGGAAGUCGAAGCAUUGAAGACUGUCGUGAUAAACAGUAGUGUGUCGCUUUAUCAAUUCAUGCAUUUGAAUUGGAGACACCAGUGCUCACUUGUUAAUUAUGUACCUCGAAGGCUUCAGGGAGCCUUUCCCAUUUACAGCACUCUUAUAAUGAAUAUCUGCUUUGAUGCCAAAUUUAAGAAGCUGCUGAUAGAACCUGCUAUGGCGGCCUUCAGACACAUUACUGCGGCAAAUUUACCGGACGUCUGUCUUGAGUAUAUAUUUAACUGCUUAAACAAUGAAACUUUGAGAGUCUUGAUUAAAACUUUGAAAUAAAAGACAAACUUUGAAAAUCGCGAUGCUUGAGCUUUUUUUUUAAAUUUGAGAUGAUUUUGAUAGCCACAAUCCACUUUAUUUCGUGACGUGUUCAAAAUUGUAAAUUGCAUUCUAAUUGGUUUUUAAGAUAUUGUGAAAGAUGUCAUAUAAAAUAAUUUUUCUUAAUAUUAUGUUCCAUAAUGACAUUAGCUUUUUGUAAAUUUUACAAGAUUCCUUUUUUUAUCGUUUUUUUACAACGUAAGAGAAUUUGAUACUUUUAACAUUAUUGCGACUAAACGACAAAUAUCUAAUGAAAAUUUUAACUAAUGGAACAGAUGUGUAUUGUAAAAAUUAAGUAUAAAUAGUCAAGUAAAUAAUGUAUCUGCGGUCUAUUAUCACUGUAAAAAUUUCAAUAUCUUUAGUAGAUCAAUUUGUAAACUGAUUUUGUUACCAAUCGUAAAGUACCAAUAUAAAUAA